AUGACAGCCGGACUUAUCGCCACAGAUGUGGCUUCGCAGGUGGCCACUGCGACGCCUCUUCUUCUCAAGGUCCAUUCUUGGCACCGCUUCGAUGCUGUGGCCGCCUCACCGAAGCGCUGUCCCAACUUGUUGCAGAGCACAUGGCGCAAGCAGAUGAAGGAAAGCGUGCGUGCACUUCCGGAAGACAUGGAAAAUUGGAUGAUGAAGCAUGGACAAGCGCGAGCACUCCUCGACAUCAAUCCGCCCGAAAUGCCCGACUUCCAGCAAGCACCUCCCAGUCAAUGUCAUUUCCAUGCUGCGUCGGUUCCGGCGGCAGUCUCACAGCAUGGUCCUGAUGAGCCAUCUAUUCUUCGGCAUUGGAGCCCGGAAUGGCUUCCACGACUGUUCGAAGAUGCAAGCCAUCUCAGAAUCCAGAAAGAUGUAUGCCAACGCCCCGCCACAAUGGCAGAAGAAACCAUAGCAUUCCGAGACCGAGUCGAUCAAUCCUUUGGUUGGAAAAGCAAAGUUCUGGACGACCAGCAGAAAUCUUAUAGAGCAGCAGCUCAGGCCACGCUUCUGCCACUUGCAUGCAUGCGGAUUCUAUCGGGUGGUGUUGCGUUGUUGGACACAAGCCCGGACGAUGGCAAGUCGGAGCUACUCCACUGCAAACUCUUCGCCUUGGUUGCUGGGGAUCUCUACCGCAGUCAUGGGGGCCAACUCUUCGAAUACAACAAUGGCGCAUGGGCGCCGGCCUCUCGUGGCCUGACAUCUGUGAACCUUGAAUUCGUCCUCCAGGCCCUUCGUAGAGCUCAGGCGUAUUAUUCCAUAAUGGCCCAGAUGAAGCCGAAGAGAUGUUAUGAUGACAUUGUCUUCGAGAUCAAAGCCAUCCAGCAAGUGGGUAUGGAGGAGGUUCUCUUGCAAUGGCAACUUCAGGAUAUCAUUCAGAGGAAACCUGAAGUCAGAGCACGUGAGUGGCUCUGUGGCCUGUCUGAGCUUUGUCGGACCAUCGUGAAAUGCUUCCAACGUUGGGGCGAUGAAGAAAUACGGGUCAAACAGCAACCAGGGCUCUGCUUCCAGGAUGCAUUCAUCUCGACUGUGGAUGGCAACCCGAAACAAAUGCAGAAAGAUGCCCGUCAUGGUUGUUACAUAGCCAUCCCUACUCCCAUCGCCUUUGUGCCCAGCAUGGCCACCAGACAGCGAUACGCCAGCAUCCUCUUGUCUUCUUUUGCAGGCUCAGAUGGAUUGCAAGUGCUGCUCAACCAAUGUGCUCUGGUUGUGGCCCGUGUCCGGCAGCCUGACAUCUUGCACAUUGUUGUUGGAUGUGGACAUGACGUAAAAACUUUGAUUUUUGUCGAUCACUUGCAAGCUGUCUUUGGCAGUGCCUUCAGUUGCGCUCCGUGCGGCAUGCUGCAAUCGGAGCGAGAAUUCCAAGCCCAAG